GGUAUUGCCACUAAUACUAUUCGGGACCAGGUCAUGCGAUAUAACCCGAACUCGGCCAUAUAUAAUAAGUCCUAUAUUAAUAAGCGGUCCGCCGUCCUCGAGCGCCCCUCGGCAGACGGCGUCCUUCGUAUACUAACACAUAUGAGUCUCAUAUAUGAUCCCCGCACCCCGAUUCACGUCCCUAAUAAUAUCCUGGCUAUACUUCCUCCCGAUCCAGAUAUUACCGUACUUAAGCAGGAGCGAGAAUAG